CUCUCCUACAGCGGUGUGUCGUCCAUCACUAGAGAAUAAAAACUUGCACGGCUUGGGAAAGCCACAGGACAAGCAAAAAAAUAAUUGCCGGAAAACAGCUCGGAACUCGCGAAAAGUGUGUGUAUUUCGUUACAGUUUCUGCUAGUAGCGUUAUUAUUUUUCACCCGCAAUCGUAGCCCGUUGCAACAGCAAACAGUGCUAAUCAAUAUUCGUUCAUUAAUACGCGCGCCGUGUGGCUUGAACGAAUGCAUAACCGCUUGGUACCAGCUACCACCUACCAACAACCACUUGUCGUAUGGUGUUCUUUUUGUUAGUAAGCAAUAACAACGUCGAGACUGUAAAAAGAAACUAAAUGCGCUUGAACCAGCAGAAACAAUACUGCCUCAGUAAACUAUCAUCGUACCGUGGCACUAAACACAAUAGGUCGUGCUUAACAAAUUUGCAGUAGACAAGCAAGUGGUGGGAAGAAAACCGGCGGAAGAACGGCUGGAAAGGUAAAGAACGCGCGCUUCUGAUCAUUUCUUCUUUUGUUUUAUCGUGAAGUUGGAAAAAGCGGCAAAGAAGAAGCGAGAAGCAUCACACGGGCUUCAGCUGUCAUUCUUCUUCCGAUCUCACUAAUACACAACACGCACACAGCCACAUAUCGUGACACAUCGCGCGUUGAUACACACAAAGUAUACGAAAAGGCAAACGGGAAAGGAAGAAGCAACAGAAACGCGGCAUCAUUCCGUCUGCGGACUGCACACCAUCCUAAACGUGUCCUUCGCUCUUGUAAUUGCACCGGCCCGGUAGUACGAUGCCAGACUACAGCGACCUGGACCGGCAAAUCGAGCAGCUAAAACGAUGCGAAAUCAUAAAGGAACACGAAGUGAAGGCGCUGUGCGCGAAGGCACGCGAAAUCCUCGUCGAGGAGGGCAACGUGCAGCGGGUCGACUCGCCGGUGACGGUGUGCGGUGACAUCCAUGGACAGUUCUACGAUCUGAAGGAACUGUUCAAGGUUGGUGGCGACGUGCCGGAGACGAACUACCUCUUCAUGGGCGACUUUGUCGACCGGGGAUACUACAGUGUGGAAACAUUCCUGCUUUUACUCGCGCUAAAGGUCCGCUAUCCGGACCGCAUCACACUGAUCCGCGGUAAUCACGAAUCGCGCCAGAUCACACAGGUGUACGGGUUUUACGAUGAGUGCAUACGGAAGUACGGUUCAGUGACGGUGUGGCGAUACUGCACCGAAAUCUUCGACUAUCUCUCCCUGUCCGCCAUCAUCGAUGGGAAGAUUUUCUGCGUCCAUGGCGGUCUGUCACCUUCCAUACAGUAUUUGGAUCAGAUCCGGUCGAUCGAUCGCAAGCAGGAGGUUCCGCACGAUGGUCCGAUGUGCGAUCUCCUGUGGAGCGAUCCAGAAGACACACACGGUUGGGGAGUAUCGCCACGCGGUGCCGGUUAUCUAUUCGGGUCCGAUGUAGUAUCACAGUUUAAUGCAGCUAACGAUAUCGACAUGAUCUGCCGGGCGCAUCAACUCGUGAUGGAGGGUUACAAGUGGCACUUUAACGAAACCGUGCUAACCGUUUGGUCGGCACCUAAUUAUUGCUAUCGAUGUGGCAAUGUAGCGGCAAUUUUAGAACUGAACGAAAACCUGCAACGAGAUUUUACAAUCUUUGAAGCCGCACCUCAGGAAAGUCGUGGAAUACCGUCUAAAAAACCUCAAGCAGACUAUUUCCUUUAAGUCUUGUUUUGUGUUCCCCCGUCUCGUUCUUCUGUACACCGUUUUGCGUAUUGUGUCCCACAACUGGCCUCGUAGUAGAGUGAUGCUCGCCAUUAGUUUAGAUUGUGACCCUGACAAAUUGAAUAUACCGUGAAUAAUGAAAUUCGCUAUUAAAGGCGGCUUCUUUUAUUA